GGGUUUGUUCGUUUUAUCUGCAGGUUAUCGCUCUGUAACUUUUCACGUCUUCACUUUAGAAAAGGUUACGGAAUUGUGCAGCAGUGUCCUUAUACACUCUCAAGCUCACUUUCCAUUUCCAUUUCAUUCUCGAUCGUUCGUGUGUUCGGAUGGUUUGAAUAGUUUUCGUCAUGGAUGCUUACGAUAUUUUCAAAAAGCUCACACGCGGUUGUCAUUUCGAUUUCAAACGCUUUCCAGAAGGCGCAGAAUUAUUUGGGUUCCGAAAACCGAAACCGUUAAAAAAAGAUGACGCAAACAUUAAGAAGGAAAAUAUAAACAAUGAACCGCUAAAGCAUGAUAAUAAUGGAAAGAGAAAGCGAUCUGAAGAUAAAGACGAGGAUGUUGAGGAGAUAACAUUGUUGAACGAUUUGAAAGAUGAAAAUGUUCCAAAUAAGAAACGUAAAAAAGUCAUGACUGCUGACAAGCUAUUGAAGUUGGAACAAGAAAAGAUAAAUCAAAUGAGGAAUGCGAAUCGUAUUUCAGUUACGGGUAGCCGUGUACCUAAAUUAAUUACAGAAUUUGAUGAAUUAAGGACGAAUUAUCAAGUGUCAGAAAACUUGUUGAAGAAUAUGAAAGACAGUGGAUAUGUGGUUCCUACACCGAUACAAAUGCAAGCAAUGCCGUGUAUGUUAGAGGGUAGACAAAUAUUGGCUUGUGCUCCAACAGGCUCAGGGAAAACUGCAGCAUUUUUGUUACCUGUCAUUCAUAGUUUACGAGGACCGCAAAAGAAAGGUUUUCGUGCUGUCAUUCUAAGUCCUACAAGGGAAUUGGCCAAACAGACAUAUAGAGAAUGCCUGAAAUUGAGUGAUGGUUAUGACUUUAGAAUUCACAUAAUUGGCAAAGCAAGUCAGGCUCUUACCAAAUAUGGAUCCUCAAGCUCGCAAAAGUUUGAUAUUCUAAUUACUACACCAAAUCGAUUGGUUUUUCUUUUGAAUCAAGAUCCUCCAGCCAUUUCAUUAAACAACGUAGAAUGGUUGAUUGUGGAUGAAGCAGAUAAACUUUUUGAAGAAGGGAUACGCGGAUUUAGGGAACAAUUAGACGAGAUUACAAGAGCUUGCACCAAUACAAAUUUACAUCGGGCUAUGUUUAGUGCAACAAACACCCCUGUAGUUUCAAAGUGGUGUCGCCAUAAUAUGAAAGGACUUGUGACAAUAACAGUUGGACAUAGAAAUGCAGCUACAGAUAUGGUAGAACAAGAACUCGUGUUUGUUGGCGACGAAAGAGGCAAAUUGCUGGAAUUAAGAAAGAUAAUUCAGAAAGGUAUAUCACCACCAGUUUUGAUAUUUGUACAAAGUAGAGAGCGAGCUCAAGAACUUUUCUGGGAGCUUAUGUUCGACGGUAUAAUGACGGACGUUAUUCACGCCGAUAGAACAACGACGCAGCGGGACAAUACCGUACGCGGCUUCAGAGAAGGACAUAUCUGGGUCUUGAUUUGUACAGAACUAAUGGGUAGAGGUAUAGACUUCAAAGGCGUAAAUCUCGUUAUAAAUUACGAUUUCCCGCCAUCCGUUAUCUCUUACAUUCACAGAAUAGGUCGUACUGGCCGCGCUGGUCACAAAGGAAAGGCCGUAACGUUCUUUACUUUACAAGAUAAGGUGAACUUACGGAGUAUUGCGACAAUCAUACGCGAUUCCGGAUGUUAUGUACCGGAAUAUCUGCUGACUCUGAAGAAGCACAAUAAGAAAGAACGACGUAAGCUCGAGCAUUCGGCACCUAAGCGCGAAAGGAUCUCAACCGGCCCCACGUACAACCGACGUAAGUGGAAAUCGCAUAAAAACAAAAAGAAAUUAGAGCCAGAGAAGUAGUAGUGAAUAGAAUAAUUAUAUGGUUCUUUUACAUAUUGUGUAAAAUAGAUGCAAGACUUUCAGUAAAAGAGAAGAAUUUUCUAUUUGUGAUAUCUGAAUAAAUGUGUAGUCUUGAACUUUUAA